UUAGACAAGAUGGUGGCAUCUGUUUUGGACACAGUGUUUUGAUACUGUGCUGUGGGGUUGUCUUCGUCCUGUUGUUUCCUUCCUUGUAGGGUUCUUUUUUCUAUUCUGCAUGGCCAAAGCUUCUCUGCUGUAAUGGUUCAAGUAAUUGAAUUGUUUUCUUUGAGGCCUAAUCUACACCACAACGUACGCACAAAUGGUGGAAGGUGAUGCUUUGGGUCGUCUUCUGUGAGUGGCGCCAAUAAAUCCUUCUCUGCCCCGACUUCGAACAUAGAGAGGGAGGGAGCGCACCGAUCUCUCUCUCUCUCUCUCUCUCUCUCUCUCUCUUGCCUCCACUGCUUGCUUUUUCUUGAUUUGGGGCCCAAAGCGAAGGGAGUGGGAGCAACAGAAGGCAGACGAAACCCAGCCUUGCUUUGCCCGCUGUCGGCUAUUAUUGUUUCUUCUGCAACCAGCAAAAAAGACCCCCCGGUCCGUGCUUGCUGCUAUUUUAGCGUCUCCUCUUCUGCUACGCAUCGCCGCAGUGCUCCGAGACAUGGCGGAGGAGUUCGGGGUGGGGAGUCUGCAGCUUCCUUCGGAGCUUCUCGACGACGUGUUCGUUACGGAGAGAGAGGAGAGAAGACCGGCCGCCGAAGCGGUGGAGCCAGUGACGGAGAGCGAGAGCGACGAGGAGGGAGACUACUUGGCCGGCCUCGCACGACAGAUGGCUCACUCCUUCCUCCUGGACGACGACUCGGGGAUUCUUGGGUUGUCGGCGGGCGACGACGCGAAGCAUCGACUUACGGCGAGGUCUUCUCCUCCGUGUUCUCCGCUGGAGCCGCCGAAGGGGGAUGCCUGGGAUCCGCUCCAUGAGGCCGCGGAGCAGACGAUGUGGUCCAAGCUUACCGAUGCCGAGCAUGGUCGGUGGCGAGUCUACGAACACGAGCUUCUGAGUCAACCGAGGAAGCCAUGCACGAGCAAGUCGACCAGUCCCUUCCUCGCCCGCCACCAGCUGCAGGCAGCUCGACAGUUGUCGGCGGGAUGGGAAAGGCAAAUCAAAGCAAGAAGAGGAGCGAGCCAUGGAGGGAACAGAUGCGCCCUCUCCUUGGGUUCGUUUCCUUCCGGAUGCCCUCCGUUCCAGAUGCAGCGUCGACCCCAUCAUGGAUCUGGGAUGAGAGCCGUCUUCCUUCGUAGCUCUGGCGCGAGAAAGGAGUCCAUCGGAACCGGCGUCUUCCUGCCCCGGACUGCGGGGAGCAAGACCGAACCACUGAAGAAGUCAGCUGCAGCUUGUUCAACAGUGUUCAUUCCGGCAAGAGUCGUUCAGGCGUUGAACUUGAAUCUGGAGGCACAGACAGGCUGCCCUGGCGGAUUUGUUCUCGAGCAAGGCAAGUUAUGUGACGGUUCUACUCACCUGUGCACCGUUUCUGAUCUCUGUUCUCAUCGAAGUGUUGUUACAUCAGAUGCACUCGUGGGCCCAAGAAACCCGGGGAGGCACCACAGUCUUCCUCCCCGGCCUUCGGCCAUGACGACCCCUGUCAGUGGGCUUCCUCAGGAGUGGACCUAUUGAGUCUUUACUAGUUGUGUUGUUGAUGUAGAAAGAAGGAGCGGAAUGGUGGGAGCAGCAGGUGUCUAUUCUAUUGGCAAUAAGACACCUAUAUUGGUUUCUGAAGUGGGGGUAAAUGUUGGUUUGCUUCGAUCGAAAGCAAGGAUGGAUAGCAGGCAGGAAGAAUGAAAUAAAUGAUUCAGAAGCUCUUCUUUUGUGUUUGUAAUAAGACCCUCCAGAUAUCUGCCUCAUCUUCUACUCAAAAAGGGCCACCUAAUUUCCUCCUCCUUACCCUGGCACAAAGCUUUGCAUGCGGCAGGCUUGGUUGUGCUUUUUGUUUGUGUCUUGUAAUGAAUGGGAAGAACGUGAUAUGCAAUAUGAUGCUUUACUCA